UCCCCCAUAAAUUGACUAGCCUUCUGACGUUCCACUAGGAAUGCUCGACACCGGAUUUGUGAUUGUAGAAGCACAGAGGAGAGGGUGUCUUCAAGGGAGUUUCUUGGUCUGCUGUUAGCGAGCCUUGUAGUUUCAGUUCUAGUGUUAGUUAGCUAAACAAGGGUAGAAGGCUAACAAAUUUACUCAUUCAAACGUAUUACCGCGUCCGGGACAGCCACAGAGUCGUUAGCCAGCGAUAUCAUCAACUUUACUACAUUGAACAACUAGAUUGAAACGACAAGUAAAUCUACAAUAGUUCUGAAUUCGGGCACCAUGUUCAAAAGGAAUGGCAAGAAGGACCCAGAACUAAUCCAAAAUGUGUCCGAGGGGCUGAAAAAACUGUACAAGACCAAACUCUUUCCCUUGGAAGACACCUACCACUUCCACGAUUUCCAUUCACCGGCUUUGGAAGAUGCCGACUUUGACAACAAGCCUAUGGUGCUCUUGGUUGGCCAAUACUCCACGGGUAAAACCACAUUUAUCCGGCAUCUUAUGGAGCAAGAUUUUCCCGGGAUGCGGAUAGGGCCCGAACCGACCACCGACUCCUUCAUAGCGGUCAUGCAUGGAGAGCAGGACGGGCUGAUCCCAGGCAACGCUCUAGUAGUUGACCCCAAAAAACCCUUCAGAAAACUCAACGCUUUUGGUAACGCCUUUCUUAACAGGUUUGUGUGUGCUCAGAUGCCCAAUGCUGUAUUGGAGAGCAUCAGUAUCAUUGACACCCCAGGAAUCCUGUCUGGAGAAAAGCAGAGGAUCAGCAGAGGCUAUGACUUUGCUGCAGUGCUAGAGUGGUUUGCAGAGCGUGUUGACCGCAUCAUUCUGCUUUUCGACGCCCACAAGCUAGACAUCUCGGAUGAGUUUUCUGAGGUGAUCCGCUCCCUGAAGAACCAUGAGGACAAGAUGCGGGUGGUUCUGAACAAGGCUGAUCAGAUUGGCACACAGCAGCUGAUGAGGGUCUAUGGCGCCCUCAUGUGGUCUCUUGGUAAAAUUGUCGGUACGCCAGAGGUGAUCCGGGUGUACAUUGGUUCUUUUUGGGCUCAGCCGCUCCUGGUCGCAGACAACCGGAAGCUUUUUGAGGCAGAGGAACAGGACCUUUUCAAGGACAUCCAGGGGUUACCUCGGAAUGCUGCUCUGAGGAAGCUCAAUGACCUCAUCAAGCGGGCUCGCCUCGCCAAGGUCCACGCCUACAUCAUCAGCUCUCUAAAGAAGGAGAUGCCCAACAUGUUUGGGAAGGAGAAUAAGAAGAAGGAGCUGAUUGCUAACCUGGGGGAGAUCUACACGAGGAUUGAGAAAGAGCACCAGAUCUCACCCGGAGACUUCCCCAAACUAGCUAAGAUGCAGGAGAUCUUGGCUAACCAGGACUUCAGUAAGUUCCAGGCAGUGAAGCCCAAGCUGCUGGAGGCUGUUGAGGACAUGCUAGCCAAUGACAUAGCCAAACUCAUGACCCUCGUCCGCCAGGAGGAGGCAGCCAUGCCCAGCCAGUCAGUCCAGGGUGGCGCCUUUGAGGGCACCAUGGACGGGCCUUUCGGCCAUGGCUACGGCGAGGGUGCAGGCGAGGGUAUUGAUGAGCUGGAGUGGGUGGUGGCACGAGACAAACCCACCUACGACGAGAUCUUCUACACCCUGUCUCCUGUCAAUGGCAAAGUGUCAGGUGCCUUGGCCAAGAAGGAAAUGGUGAAGUCCAAGCUGCCCAACACAGUGCUGGGAAAGAUCUGGAAGCUGGCCGACGUAGACAAGGAUGGAUACCUGGACGAUGACGAGUUUGCCCUUGCCAAUCACUUGAUCAAGGUGAAGCUUGAGGGGCACGAGCUUCCCACUGAUCUGCCAGAACACCUUAUCCCUCCCUCCAAAAGGGGACUGUAGAAUUGGAACUCUUUCAUAUAUGGGCAGGCCUGAAUAAAUAGAUGGUGGCUGAGGUUUUUCGGAGUGAGUGGGAUAAGGGAAAGGUGCAUUUUUGGCCAAAGUAAAUGUGAGUGUUAUGAGGAGAAUCAUUCUGGUUAGGGUGUUGUCUUAUGUCAAAUGGCGCAACAGCCGUCUGCAUAACUGCAUGUUGUGUUAGAAUAAUUCCAUCUGAUGUGAGACAAUGGAGGGGGUGGUGGUCUGGGUAGGGUUAUGAUAAUGGUGUUGGGGUGAAAUUCAUGUUAGACUGACUAUGAUAAUUAACAUAGUCCAUUCAAAGAUAAAAAUGCUAUUAUCUCUAACUUCACCUGAAUCCCUUAUCUUCCUUAGUACUUAUUUGUCUUACCAUUAUCUUUAUCAAAAGGCCUUUGUUGAAGUUAUCAUGUAUCAAGUUCAAUCUCCACUUUGGGACCUGCUGAAUUUAUUGUGCUCAAAUUUAUUGAGCGCUUUCGAUUGCAACAACUAAAUAUUGUCUUUCCACUCACUGGUUCCAGGGAAUGGGGUGGGUUGGACAUACAGUAUGCAUUGGCAAGAUAUCUGAUCAAAUGUAUUUAUGGAAAAUCAAUUAACGAUUUGGGGCGCAGUACCAGUUUAAAAAUCCCAGUUUGAUCCCUGGCAGUCACAUCUAGCCUUCAAUGCCAAAGUCGCUUAAGUGUUGUAUGUAGAAGUGGCUCUAGCCCUCAAAUGUUAAUAUGUACAUUGUUUUUUGUCUUCUGAAAUAAAAUGUUUAUUCAAAUA